AUGGAUGUUUUAGGAGAAAAUGAAGCCCUACAGCAGUUUUUUGAUGCCUUUUGUCAUUUGAAUUGUGUUUUCCAACAAUAUUCCUGCAGUGCUUAUUUUUCCCUCUUAGGUAAGGAUGUCACUGGAGAAUUGGAGAAUCUUUUUGAUACCAGUAUGCUGGAAGCAUAUAUUAGCAGUGACUUAGAACCAGGAGCCAUCACAUUACCAGAGUCGCCACCAGAUUCUGUUUCUGAAUGCUGUUCACCACCUCAGAUGAAAGAUGUACAGUGUGGCGGUACCUGGAUGACUGGAAUCCAUCCCCAAAUGAGGCAGACUUCUUCAAUGAACCAUUGUAAAGCUCCAUGCAGAUUUAGUGAGUUGGCAGUGUCUACUCAUUCUAACUUGCCACAACAACACAGAUAUAAUGGACUUCGGGAACAUUCUGUGAAAUCUCGUGUGAAUAUACCUACAAACAACUGCUCAGUACCUCCAAGCUAUGUGUGCCUGCCAAAUCUUCCUGUCCAACAGAAUAUUAACCACCCCUCUGAUGUUUUAAUUCAGCAUUCAAACAAAAGGAAACGUUCUGAGUUCUUUGAGGAUGCUGUUGAUGACAUGUGGAAUGAUGUUCGAAGUCAAGAAGACUACUAUUCUAGAGAACACCGUGCAGAUAACUAUGGUUGUGACACGGACAGUCAAGCAGGAGUUUCUAUAGACUGGGGCUGUCUACGUUUGAAAUGGCAUCCUUUCCAAGCUAAUCAAUGGGCGACAUUAUGUAACAGUAGUUGCAAUGAAUUACCUGCUCCAGGAUAUCAAGUAGAUGCAGACAAAGGAUUUAAUUUUUCAACAGUGGAUGACUCAUUUGUUUGUCAAAAGAAGAACCACUUCCAGGUCACGGUUCAUGUUGGCUUGAUUGGACAUCCAAAAUAUGUUAAAACACCUGUCGGCCUUAAACCAAUUGAAACAUUCUUCCUGAAAGUUUUUGGAGUAAAGGCUGAGGCCACAAAUCAGGUGAUCAAUAUUGAGCAAUCUCAAUCAGACCGCAGCAAGAAACUUUUUAAUCCAAUAAGGGUUGAUUUGCCAGGAGACCAAACAACAAAAAUCACCCUAGGAAGGCUACAUUUUGGUGAAACAACUGCAAACAACAUGAGGAAGAAGGGAAAACCUAAUCCUGAUCAGAGAUAUUUCAUGCUUGUAGUUGGUCUGCAUGCUCUCAGUCAGAACCAGAGUUAUUUAUUAGCUGCUCAUACAUCAGAACGAAUAAUUGUGCGGGCUUCAAAUCCCGGUCAGUUUGAUCAUGACCGUGAAGUAAUGUGGCAACAAGGACUUCCCCCCAACACAAUUGCCUGUCACGGCCAAGUGGGAAUUAACACAGAUACUCCUGAUGAGGCAUUGGUUGUGUGCGGCAAUGUAAAAGUCAUGGGGACAGUCAUGCAUCCAUCUGAUAAACGAGCAAAAGAGAAUAUCCAUGAGGUUGACACCACUGAACAACUAAAACGGAUAACACAAAUGAGGCUCGUUGAGUAUGACUAUAAGCCUGACUUUGCAUUAAAAAUGGGAGUAGAUCGUACUCAUGGAACUGGUAUGAUCGCACAAGAAGUGAAAGAAAUUCUGCCAGCAGCAGUGAGGGAGGUUGGGGAUGUGACCUACACCAAUGGUGAUAAGAUUGAGAAUUUCCUCAUGGUUGAUAAAGAUCAAAUUUUCAUGGAGAAUGUUGGUGCAGUGAAGGAGUUGUGCAAGUUGACUGACAAUUUGGAAAAAAGAAUUCAAGAAUUAGAAAUAUGGAACAAGAAUCUUGCCAAAUUGAAGCAGCAUGGGAGCACGAACUCCACCGUGACUGAGAAAUAUAGGAACAGGGGACAGAGAGCCUGCUCACCUUAUGGGUGUGGUCCACACACUACCCCCAUUAGUACAGAAUUCAGUGAUAAAACAAGCAUGUUUAGUCGAUCAAGCAACUUAGUACCUGCAAAGAAACCUGUUAUGGCCAAACGCAAGGCCUACCAUAAACAAGACUGCUCUCCACAAAAGGUUUUCCAAAUUGCCAUCAUGGCUUUAUUGGGUGUCAUGGCCUUUUGUAUUAUUUUGAUAUUGGCACUUUAUGUGCUAACUUUGACUGAGGAGAAAAAUGAUAUCAAUGAUCUCAAUAGCAGCUAUAAUUCAGAAGUACUGAGCACGACUGGACAAACUACCGUUGCUCUGCAUACAACUUUGUCAGCAGAGAAUGCAAGUUCAUUUUAUACAACAUCAAAAACUGAAACUUCCUGGCCUGAAGUAACUUUCUGUGGUAUCUUACCUUGUGUCACUGUGCAUUGUUGUACGGAUCAGUCUCAAAUUAAAGGUAUUCCUUUCCAUCACAAAAAGAAGAGAAUCCCUAAGGAUCAUAUCAUGCAAAACCUUUCAGAGCCAGGAACAGGGACAAAUCAAUUUGCAAAUAAAAAGGAAAUGAAACCGGGUGAUUGGUUCGAUACAUCUAUUAGAUCAAUACAGGUUAUGGAAAGCCAACAACUUAUUGACCAGCGUUACUGUGCAAAAGGAGUUAACUGUGGAAAUGGUAACUAUAGCUACAUAAUCCCAAUCAACAAAUAUACUCCUGUAAAUAUGAGGAUUACUUUAGAAAUAAACACUACAGCACCCAUGCUUGUUUACAAAUGUACAAUGCACCUUGGAAGAACUUGUGUGGAUUCUGUAAGGAUUGUAACUAACAGAGAUGCUUCACAAGAAAUGUCACAGGGUUAUCAGCAUUUCUGGAUUUUGCCUGUAGCACAUCUACGUGAGUGCAGAUACCACUUCCGUGUGGCAGCACCAGAUCUGGCAGAUUGUGGAACAAAUCAGAAUUUUGCUGGGAUAUACUUUACAGAUUAUUAUUUUUAUUUUUAUCGACAAUGUAACUAAUUCAGUACAACCAAGACCGCUUGUGCAUUGAACUUCAACAUUGAGACUUCUAUGGUGC